AUGACUUCCAAAUAUGGUUCUGAGCCGUCUUCCGAUCUCGACGAGCGAUCUCCGCAUUCUCCGGGUAACCCUAGUCGCCAAUCACGCAUCCAAAAUAUUUCGCAUCGGGUUAAGAAGAAGACCAAGAAAGUACUACACGUCGACAAUACGGAGGGCCUGGUGCGCGCUAAGGAUAGUGACGACUUCGACGACGUUGAGGCCAACCCUGCGUUCAACCCCCAAAAGGUCUUUCAGAAACCCGUCAGCGUUGGCGACGCUCUCCACCAGGCCAAGGAUGGCGCCCAAACUCUGGCUCGGGUCGUCGUUCAUCCCAAGGACUCUGCAAAGCGGAAAGCUGCCGCCAAGCUAGCCGCCCCGGAGCAGCCAUUCUUGUCACAGCAGGCCGACAAGGUGCUUUUGGAUGCCCAUGAUCGGCUAGAAGCUGCGCGCAAGAGUUCGGACGGCGACGAUGAGGAUAACGCCGAGGCGUACGAAGAGGAGGUCCAAAGCCUACAGGCGCAAAGAGAAAGCCUGAGGGUUGCGUGGACGACAAGCAGAUUCGUUCAUCGCGUGCGUGUCGUGCCCGCCCAGUAUAUUGAGCACCCUCGUUUCAAAGACGUCGAAAUCCGAGAUUCCGACGGGGCAUACGUUGGGACAGAUUGGACCAAGUUUUGGGGAAACUGCUGCCUUUACGCCACUCAAGAUUACCAUGCCCUCGGAAGCGAUGCGUUAGAUCAAACGGCCUUUAGUCGUCACCUUCUAAUUGAGCACUUGGAGCGCAUUUUAAUGGCAUCCGCACCCUGGCAGUCAUACUUCCUGAAGCUACGGGGGAUAUACCUCUGGGAAAACCCUAGGAAAUCUGGGAGAUGGAUGGCAAUUUUCGUCUUCCUCUGGUGGGCCGACUAUGUCUUCUCCUUUAUCCUCCUCUGGUGUGUAUUCAUCGUACUUCGGAGUAGGUACAGUCAACGCUCCAUCAAGUCGCUUCGCGAAUCGCACGAGCGGGUCAUGGACCAGGGAGCUACGGCCUUCAAGAUUAGCGAGCUCAUCCAUCGCCACGGUCCUGGAGAGUGGUUGGACCCGCUGAUUGACGAAAUUGGUCCUCGAGCUCAGCUACAGCUCAAUGACCUCGCCGAUCAUCUUGAGAGGAUGCAGAAUUUCUACGACUGGAAGUUUCCCGAGCGGACAUGGGCCACGUUGUUCUGCAUUGCCUGCGCAAUUCUCCUCGGCGUCCUCACGCCGACCGCUUUCUCGAUGAGAGUGCUGACUUUUGUGGCAAUCUGGUGGUUCUUCAUGGGGAGACCAGUUGCGAGCCAUUACCCACGAUUCAGACGAGCCGUCUCCCCUGUGUCAUAUGUGUUCUGGGGCCUUCCGACGCACGCCCAAUGGUCUUUUCGCUACCUGAGCAACCAAGCCCAGCGGAUGCGUGCGCGAACUGCGGAGCGAGCAGCAGAAAGUGGCCAUAGCAUGGAGCAGUCCGUUGUCGAAGAAAACAACGAAGUCUUUGUAGAUGCACCAUCAUUUCCUGGCGAAUACGUAAACUUUCUGACUUUUCGGUGCCGUUAUCACGGUAUUCCGGCUCGUCUUGCCAUUUCAGCAAGCGGCAUUUCGCUGAUUCGCUUGUUCCCGGCAAAGCAGCUGUGGUCGCGUCAUUUUUACGAAAUCAGCGAAAUGCGGAAAACCUCGGGGUCGGCACUGGGUCGCGGUCUUCGUAAGGUGGUCGAGGGAAAGACAUUGGAGUUUGCCUUUAUCGACGGAGAGAUGGAUCAGAUCGAAGCAGUCAGGCGGCGGGACGAGGCAUUUAACAGCAUCAUCGGCUUCUCGAAUCUCAUGUGGCAAAUGCUGGACCCUGCCGAAGGAACAAACGAGCAAGAGGUCGAGGGCGGUUAA